AUGGUAAUUGUCCAAAAGAUUAUUAUCCUGCCACCGUUGACGUCGAGAGAAAAUCGCCGGUGGAGUUUUGCCGUUCGACGUCAACUAAUUCUCCAAAAGAUUACAUUUACUGGGCCACCGCGCGACGGGGUUGUCGAUUUUGGAAUUUUGAGAGAGAGAGAGGGGUUGUCGAUUUUGGAAUUGAGAGAGAGAGAGGAGCUGGGUAGAGAUGAGGGGUGGUGGUCAGUGACCGUGGAGGGAUGGGUGGUCCGGGUGAGGUGGGGGUUGUGGGUGGUGGUGAUGGAGGAUUUCAUUAGAGAGCAGAAGGGGAGUGGGUCAAGAACCCUCCUACGGACGAAUGUGCCAGGACUUGUAUCUGGCAGCACCAAGCCUCAAAGUCCCAAACCAAACAUGCCCUUAACUUCCAUUUUUGAAUCAAGCUCCUGCGAGCAACGAUGGCUCGCCGAAAUCAGCAAGAUUUUGGAAAAAGAGGUGAAGGUCGAAAUCGACCACCCAGUUACCAUCUUUCGAGUACCAGCAACGCUAAGUGUUUCGAGGCCCUCGGCCUAUACGCCACAAGUCAUUGGCCUAGGCCCGUACCACCGUUUUCGACUCGAGAUCUAUGACAUGGAGAGGUACAAGCUUGCCGCGGCAAGCAGGCUUCAACGAGAUUUUAAGAGUCUUGAAUUCCAGCAGCUUGUUAGUGGGCUUAGCACGCUCGAAUAUAAAGUUCGUGCAUGCUACCACAAGUACUUGGAAAUCGAGGGGGAAACCCUAGCUUGGAUUAUGGCCAUCGAUGGGCUUUUCGUCCUCGAGUUUCUUCGUUGUUAUAAUUCGUCCACUUCAAUUACCACAGCCCAUCUGGUCGACUCCAUUGGGAGGAAAUUGGCCCACGAGGCAGUCCUCGGUGACAUACUGAUGCUCGAAAAUCAGAUUCCGAUCUUUGUUCUAAGGGAGAUCUUGUCCAUGCAAUGCUCAUCGCAGCUUGAAGUGGCCCAAGAUUUGUUUCCUGCCACACUCAAAGAUUUUUGUAAAGCGCUUUCUCCGGUCAAAACCCGGGAGGAUCUCACUUUGUCUCAAGUCUCCAAGCAUGCUCAUUUACUGGAUCUUCUGUACCAUUUGAUCGUGCCCGAAUUGGUAGGGCCGGCCGUUGGAUCAUGCAAAAUAUAUUGGGAAAGUGAAGCUGCAAUCCUUGAGAACAACCCGAACUUGGAUUCAAGUAAGUUUAGUACUAAUGUUUUCGAGAAUCUUUGGAGCAUGUGUUCGAAACUAAACAUAGGGUUUCUAAGUCAAAUCACAACACUGGUUAAGAACAUAGGUGGUGUGUAUGGACAAUUUAUUUCUAGUAUACAGUGUAUACAAUCAAAAAGUAAAGAAUACAUCAAGUCCGAAAACGAGGGAACAAAAACUCCCAAUGUAGAAGAAAUCAUGAUUCCCACGGUAUCCCACCUUUCUCAAGCCGGGGUGCCAUUACGUCCUGCCACUGGUGGAAUCGCGACCCUUAAAUUCGAUCAAAGUACCAAGAAACUCUACCUCCCAGUCAUCAGGCUUAACGUCAAUUCUGAAGUUAUAAUGAGGAAUUUAGUAGCAUAUGAGGCCUCAAUCAAGUCAGAAUCACUUGCUUUCACGCGAUACAUAGAGCUAAUGAAUGGGAUUAUAAACACUGCUGAAGAUGCUAAACUGUUGAGGGAAAAGAAAAUCAUCGUCAAUAGUCUCAAGAGUGAUGCCGAUGUUGCACAACUUUUCAAUGGCAUGAGCAAACCUGUUAGGCUCACGAAUGUGCCUUUUAUUGACAAGACGAUUGAAGAUGUCAACAAGUACUACAACAACACGAGAGCGGUUAAGUUUAACAGGCGGUUCAAGAACUUUGUGUAUGGUUCUUGGAAGAUUCUCACAAUUCUUGCUGUUGUGUUGCUGUUGUUGCUGAUGAGUGUUCAGUCGUUUUGUUCUGUUUAUAGUUGCCCUAAACUUUUCAACUCUCUCAGUUCGGAUUAA